CCGUCGGGGACGGUUCGCUCUCUACGUCAGUGUAGCCAGCGCCGCGUCGGGAGCGAGCUCGGACCGGAGCCGACUUGCGUCAGUGCCGAGCGCGCGCAUCGCUGCCAGCUCUGGGGCCCCGGCAGGGCUGGGAAAUGGUGGAGCGGGCGGAGGCAGGGGCGACCGAGUGUUGAGGGGAACCUGCGGACUCGGCCGAGAUGGGAUCGGGCGCGGGCUCGCCCUCUGGGACCCUCUGCUUCCUGUGGCUGCUCUUGUUCGGCUUGGUGAGCCCAGCCCUUGGUGGGGCUCGGUCAGGCUUUCAACAGACCUCCCAUCUCUCUUCUUAUGAAAUAAUAACUCCUUGGAGAUUAACUAGAGAAAGAAGAGAAGCCCCUAGGCCCUACUCAGAGCAGGUAUCUUAUGUCAUUCAAGCUGAAGGAAAAGAGCAUAUUAUUCACUUGGAAAGGAAUAAGGACCUUUUACCCAAAGAUUUUGUAGUUUAUACCUACAACAAGGAAGGGGCUCUGAUCUCUGACUACCCUGAUAUACAGAAUCACUGUCAUUAUCGGGGAUACGUGGAGGGCGUUUAUAAUUCAUCCAUUGCUCUUAGCAACUGUUUUGGACUCAGAGGCUUGCUGCAUAUAGAGAAUGUGAGUUAUGGGAUUGAACCCCUGCAAAACAGCUCUCAUUUUGAGCACAUCUUUUAUCGAAUGGAUGAUGUCCACAAAGAGCCUGUGAAAUGUGGGGUUUCCAACAAGGAUACAGAGGAAGAAACCACAAAGGAUGAAGAGGAAGAGCCUCCUAGCGUCACUCAGCUACUUCGAAGAAGAAGAGCUGUCCUGCCACAGACCCGCUAUGUGGAGCUGUUCAUUGUCGUAGACAAGGAAAGGUAUGACAUGAUGGGAAGAAACCAGACUGCAGUGCGAGAAGAGAUGAUUCUUUUAGCAAACUACUUGGAUAGCAUGUACAUCAUGUUAAAUAUUCGAAUUGUGCUAGUUGGGCUGGAGAUUUGGACAAAUGGAAAUCUGAUCAACAUAAUCGGAGGUGCGGGUGAUGUGUUGGGGAACUUUGUACAGUGGCGAGAAAAGUUUCUUAUAACACGUCGGAGACAUGACAGUGCACAGCUAGUUCUGAAGAAAGGUUUUGGUGGGACCGCGGGAAUGGCGUUUGUGGGAACAGUGUGUUCAAGGAGCCACGCAGGCGGGAUUAACGUGUUUGGACAAAUCACGGUGGAGACAUUUGCAUCCAUUGUUGCUCAUGAGUUGGGUCAUAACCUUGGAAUGAAUCAUGAUGAUGGGAGAGAUUGUUAUUGUGGAGCAAAGAGCUGCAUCAUGAACUCAGGAGCAUCAGGUUCCAGAAACUUCAGCACUUGCAGUGCAGAAGACUUUGAGAAGUUAACUUUAAAUAAAGGUGGAAACUGCCUUCUUAAUAUUCCAAAGCCUGACGAAGCUUACAGCGCUCCUUUCUGUGGUAAUAAAUUGGUGGACCCUGGGGAAGAGUGUGACUGCGGUACUCCAAAGGAAUGUGAAUUGGACCCUUGUUGUGAAGGAAGUACUUGUAAACUUAAAUCAUCUGCUGAAUGUGCAUAUGGCGACUGUUGUCAAGACUGUUGGUUCCUUCCAGGAGGUACUUUGUGCCGAGGAAAAACCAAUGAAUGUGAUGUUCCAGAAUAUUGCAACGGUUCUUCUCAGUUCUGUCAGCCAGAUGUUUUUAUUCAGAAUGGAUAUCCUUGCCAGAAUAACAGAGCCUAUUGUUACAAUGGCAUGUGCCAAUAUUAUGAUGCUCAGUGUCAAGUCAUCUUUGGCUCAAAAGCCAAGGCUGCUCCAAGGGAUUGUUUCAUUGAUGUGAAUUCCAAAGGUGACAGAUUUGGCAAUUGUGGUUUCUCUGGCAAUGAAUACAAGAAGUGUGCCACUGGGAAUGCUUUGUGUGGAAAGCUUCAAUGUGAGAAUGUACAAGAAAUGCCUGUAUUUGGAAUUGUGCCUGCUAUUAUACAGACUCCUGGGAGAGGCACCAAAUGUUGGGGUGUGGAUUUCCAGCUUGGGUCAGAUGUUCCCGAUCCUGGCAUGGUGAAUGAAGGCACCAGAUGUGGCGUUGGAAAGAUCUGUAGAAACUUCCAAUGUGUAAAUGCAUCUGUUCUGAAUUAUGACUGUGAUAUUCAGAAAAAGUGUCAUGGACAUGGGGUAUGUAACAGCAAUAAGAAUUGUCACUGUGACAGCGGCUGGGCUCCCCCCUAUUGUGAGGCUACAGGGUACGGAGGAAGUGUGGAUAGUGGACCUGCAUACAAUGAAAAGAAUACUGCCUUGAGGGAUGGACUUCUGGUGUUCUUCUUCGUCAUUGUUCCUCUUACUCUGUUGGCUGCUUUUGUCUUCAUUAAGAGAGACCAGCUACAGAAAAGCUACUGCAGAAGGAAGAGAUCACAAACAUAUGAGUCAGAUGGCAAAAAUCAAGCAAAAGUUUCUAGACAGCCAGCGAGUGUUCCUGGACAUGCCUCUUCAGUGGCUCCUCCCAGAGAAGUUCCUAUAUAUGCAAACAGAUUUCCAGUACCAACUUAUGCAGCCAAGCAGCCUCAGCAGUUCCCAUCAAGGCCACCUCCACCACAACCGAAAGUAUCAUCUCAGGGAAAUUUAAUUCCUGCCCGUCCUGCUCCUCCACCUCCUUUAUAUAGUUCCCUCACUUGAUUUUUUUUUUUUAACCUUUCAUUUUGCAGACAUCUUCAGGGAACUGAGCUAAUACUUUUUUUUUCUGAUAUUUUCUUGAAAAACCUUUCUUCCUGCUGCAAUUAUGAAUGA